AUGGCAAACUUUAAAUAUAAACUCAUUUCAAAAAUCUUAGCUGACAAACUAUCUACUAUUUUUUCCUCUAAUAUUAUUUCAACAGAGCAAAAAGGUUUCAUUGCUGGUAGGAACAUUAAAGAUGGAAUAUGCCUAACUUCUGAGGCUAUAAAUCUUCUAGGCAAUAAAAGUUUCAGUGGAAAUGUAGCUCUUAAAAUUGACAUUUCUAAAGUUUUUGACUAUCUUAAUUGGGAUUUCAUUCUCAAAACUCUAAAUGCUUUUGGCUUUAGUCAUAAAUUCUGCUCUUGGAUACACACUAUUCUCAACUUUGCUAAUAUUUCUAUUUGUUUCAAAUUUCAAUGGGGGGAUACAAAGUCUCUAACUGUAAUUUCCAUACUUCUGAAGGAAUAUGCACAAUGUUCUGGGCAGAUUUGCAACUCAACAAAGUCUAUUAUCUAUGCAGGGGGCAUGUCUCUGAAAAGACACUGUAGGCUUGCAGAUAUCAUAGGCUUUACUAAAGCUUUUCCUCCUUUUAUUUGUCUAGGAGUUCCCAUUUUCACUGGUAAACCUAAAGCUAAACAUUUCAAUUUUCUAGCAGAUAACAUCAAGAUUAAACUGGCUACAUGGAAAGCAAAAUUGUUGUCUAUGGCGGGUAGGGUCAUGAUGGUCAAGACUGUGAUACACAGUAUGAUGGUGCACUGCAUCACCAUUUACAACUGGCCAACAAGUAUCAUCAAAAGCAGUGACAAAUGGAUGAGAAAUUUCAUUUGGAGUGGCAAUGUGAAAAAAAAGCUUAUUACAAACCAAUCCUGGGCUACUGUUCUAGCAGCAAGGGUGAAAAGAGCCAACAAAAUUAUCAAGUACUCCAUCAAGUCCUCUCUUUGGAAAGGCUUCAAGGAUGUCUAUGACAAGCUUGCUUUACAUAGUCUUCUAUCCUUCAUCUCUUCCUUCUCUGUGGCUGAAUUGGAUUUUGAGGAUGCUUUGGUUUGGAGGAAUGUGGAAUGUGGAAUGCUUUCCAUUAAACAUGCCUACAACAUGAUCACUAAGACUUCAUGGACAGAGAAAUGGUCUCACUUCCCCUGGGACAAAGACUCAGCUCUAGGACACCCUAUGCUCGUGUGGAAAAUCUUGCACAAUCGCGUAUCCACUGAUGAAAAUAUAACUCUAUGUGGUUUAUCUUUUCCUUCUACCUGCUCUCUUUGCCAAGAAGCUGCUGAAACAGCUACCUAUAUGUUCUUCUCGUGCAAAUUUGCAAUGAAAUUUGGCUUUGGCUUUGUGGGAGGCUUCAAUUGUCUUACCCAAUCAACAACAUGGCAGACUGCCUCAAGAUAUUAG